UGAGAUCUUUAUAAUGAUUUGUAACCAAACCACAAUCUUUGUUUGGCGACCAUGUCCAAUUAACAUGUGUACUUUGGUUAUUAAUUUGCCUGUUGUAUUCUUCUACAGUGCUAGCUAUAGUGGAGUGGUCCCUCAAAGAAAAUCACCCAGUCAUCGUAUUUUACUAGACUCUACCCUGUAAAAUCUGUGAUGUGAUGAAUUGGAUGAGGAGAAUAUCAAGCCUCCACAUCAGAGCAUUGAUAGCCAAAUCUCUGCCACUGCAACAGGCAAUGAGGGUGCUGUCGUCUGGAGCAAAGCUUGAUCUAACGCCUAACCUAUGGGCACAUGUAUCAAGGCUGAUGGACCAAUACAAGGCACUCGUAGAAAAGGCUAACUCUGGCAGCCAACAGGACCUCCCUAGUCUUUAUCAGUCACUGUCUAAGUUGGAACCUGUCGUGAAACUUGUUCAGAAAUUGGAAGGCAAAUCUGAAGAAAUUGGUGAGCUUCAGCAUUUGUGUUCUGAAGUUGGCGACAUGAAGCAACUGGCACAGGAGGAGUUGCGGCAAUGCAACAGAGAACUGGAGCAAAUUAAGACCCUUCUGAUAGAAUCUGUGCUGCCACGAGAUGAAGCAGACAAUCACAGCGCCAUACUCGAAGUGAGAGCAGGUGCUGGUGGUGUUGAGGCAUCUUUAUUUGCAGCUGAAAUCUUUCAAAUGUAUCAGAGGUUUGCUGGCUAUAAAAUGUGGGCAUUUGAGCAGUUGUCCAUUGAUAGAAGUGAUGCUGGUGGGUACAAGCAUGCAGUUGCUAGUGUGAGUGGUGGAGAGGUGUUUGGAAUGCUCAAACAUGAGGUGGGAGUGCACCGGGUGCAGAGAGUGCCUAUCACUGAGGGGAUGGGGAGAGUACACACCAGCACCAUGAGUAUCGUCAUUCUACCUCAACCAACACAGUUGUCAUUUGGGAUUUUGAUUCAGAUUGAAGUGGAGAUAAGUCCCAGUGACAUAAAGAUUGACACAAUGCGAGCCUCUGGAGCGGGUGGUCAACAUGUCAACACCACUGACAGUGCCAUUCGUCUCACACACUUGCCGACUGGGAUUGUAAUCAGCAUCCAGGAUGAGAAGUCCCAACACAAGAAUCGAGCUAAAGCCAUGAAGAUUCUUCAUGCUCGCCUUUAUGAGCAGAAGCGUCAGAGAUUAAUGCAAGAGAGAAGUGAGCAGCGCCGACAACAGAUGGGGACACAAGAGCGAUUUGAGAAGAUUCGAACGUAUAAUUUCCCUCAAGACAGAGUGACUGAUCAUCGCCUAGGCUACACUACUCAUGGUGUGGAAGAGUUCCUUUCUGGAGGAGACACAUUAGACACUGUUAUAGCUCAGCUGAGGCUACGAGAGGAAGAAGAGCUAAUAAUUGGUUUGAGUGGUGAAUAAAUGCGAAAUAAGUGUUCAUAAAAAAAUCGCUGCUGUUUGUAUGUACUAGCUAUAUAUACCAUAGUCAGGUUGUGAUUAUACACUCAUCUUAGUUACAAGAUUGUAAACAUAAUUAUUCUUGUAUCCAUGGUCAGGUUGUGAUAUACUCUAUGAAUGUAUGUACAAUA